AUGCCCACGCCGUUAUCCCCUUCCUCAUCUCAGGAGAUAAUCCCAAUCUCACCACCGCCUUCAUCUCACCUCAAGGCUAAAGGGAAGGCUGCACCCACACCUACAGCAUCUUCAUCUAAAUCUAUUACUACAUUCACAACCGAUCUCAAAGAAAACUCCAAGUCCAGGUCUGGAUCUGGGUCUAAGACUGCUUCUGCGACUGUAUGGAAAUCGAAAGAUGUCGAAGAUCAAAUAAAGAGAAAGGUAACGGAUGAUCAACGAUCGGAAUUAUCGAAAAAGAAUAGAUCGCAAGUUACCCAGAGGAUGUUGAGUACUAGAGGGAAGGAUUUGAACCCUAUUACCAACUCGGAUCUGUAUUCUAGAACCGACCACUUCGUAUCCUGUUCUACGGGACAUCAACAGUCCAACCGAGGAGGUGGGAGCGAGGGUUCAUGGACUUAUUGGCAAGUUCGUUCGGCCCAGAUGAACGAUCAAGCUAGGCCGAAGAAAACGGACAUAUUCAAAGGCUGUGUUGUGUAUCUGAACGGAUCGACAGGACCAAAAGUAUCUAAUUUACAGGUACAACAUUUGAUAUCAAGUAAUGGUGGUAGAUUGGCCCCCACCCAAUCAUCCUCGUGUACACAUAUAAUAGCCAAUGGUGGAUUAUCCGGAACGAAAACUCAGAAACAUAUCGAUGGUCAGGGAACGCGAGGUGCGAGUAGACGUGCGAAAGUUGUCAAAGUUGAAUGGAUUCUCGAUUCGGUUGAGAAGGGACAGAAAUUGUCAGAAGCUGGUUAUGGAAUGGUUGAAGAUCCUUCACAACCUAAUUUGUUCAAGACCUUGGGGGUAAAACCGAAAUUGGAGUCUGAAGUUACCCAGAAAUGA